GCGCCUUAUAAUUUGGAGGGAGGCUUUAUAUCUCUCGCGUCUACAGCGUCAGGCCGCAGAUCAAAAUCGACACUUGGUCUCUCUACGUGCCUAUCGCCGGGUGGCCGGGUGCUCCGUUUGCGGUUCUUCCGCUUCUUCCUACAUAGUUGAGUCGUUCGACGAAUUCGUGGGAACAGUUACGGAUCCUUGCGAACGUGACGUCGAAAUAUUUUCACCGUCGAGAAGUCGACGUUGCUCGCACACGCGUUUAUCUCGUCGACUUCGUGGGAUCAUAGGCAAAGAUUUCGGAAAAUCAGGCGAUCGAUAAGGCACGCUUCGAGAAAAUAAUAUUUUGGCCGUCGCCAGGCGUCGAACCGUGCGCAAUAGCGCCGGAUAUCGGAUUGAAAAUCCACGGAUUGUUUUAUUUUCAAAUAAGAUUUCGGAAGAACUUUUUUUUCACGAGAGCCAUCAAAGAUGCUGGCUCACGUAUUCGAAAAACUGGGCCGGUUCUGCGCCGGUCAUCCCUUGGAGGUGAUCGUGACGAUCUUUACUUUGACGGCGUGUAUGUAUAACAGGGAGACUAGAAGUGGACAGGAAGGGGCACGCGGGGAGGACUUGCUCGGUGCCACGUACUGCCGUCACAACAAAUGCAAUACUAUGGAUCUAAAAGCGGCUGACAUUAUAGUGAUGACGAUAAUACGUUGCCUGGCGGUGCUAUUCACUUAUCAUCAGUUUCGCAAUUUGCAAAAAAUGGGAUCCAAAUACAUUUUAGGUAUCGCCGGCCUGUUUACCGUGUGCUCUAGCGUGGUAUUCACGUCUAGCGUGGUAUUCACGUCCAGCGUGAUGAAUUUUGGCCGCAGCGAUUUCGCAGACUGGAAGGACGCUUUAGUUUUCUUUUUGCUUCUUAUCGACCUAUCAAAGGCCGCGACAUUGGCGCAGUAUGCUCUAAGUUCGCGGAAUCCAGAAGAAGUCAAAGCAAACAUCGCGCGCGGCAUGUCUCUGCUGGGACCGGCCAUCACUCUGGAUACCCUCGUGGAGACCCUCCUGAUCGGCAUAGGAUCCUUAUCGGGCAUCAGGAGGCUGGAGAUCCUCUGCACCUUUGCAUGCCUCGGGGUGAUCGUCAACUACAUCGUCUUUAUGACGUUUUAUCCGGCCUGCUUGUCGCUCAUACUCGAGCUUUCUCGCGGGAGUAAUAAUAUGGGCCAACUGAGCGCAGACAAAUUUAUAAUGCAGUUAAACGAGGAGGAUCAAAAACCGAAUCCUGUGGUGGAGCGAGUCAAAAUGAUCAUGAUCGCCGGCCUAUUUGUAGUACAUGCCAACAGCCGCUGGCCCUUUAAGAGCGAAGAAGCCGAGUACACGACGAGAAGGGCAGCGACAUCCACGAGCUCGGACGCGGUAAACGGUUCCGAUCACGAGAGUUCCGAAUUGAAGGAACACCAAAUGACUUGGCUAUCAGCCAGCGCGGACAACAUUGUGAUAUUGAUACUGGUGUUAGCGCUGGCGAUAAAGUUCAUCUUCUUCGAGGAUAGAAGCGAUGUGGUCGCCAGACGAGAAGAGGAGGAAGAGGAGGGCGAGGCGAAGGAGAUGACAGUGGAAGAAAAAGUGAAGCUUCUCGACGGCUCAACUAAUCUGGACGAUAUGGAUAUCACGAUGAAUAUGUGGUUUCAAGAACAUUUUGGCGUAACAUUACCGACGACCCAAGAGCCGGUCUUUCCUCUGUCCGGCGUGGGUGGUGGCUGGGGUAAUGAGAACGAUGUAGAGUGCGUUGACAAGGAGGUACAGACCGACGCGAUAUACCAUGGUGCGAGCAAUUCCGAAAAUGACUCACCGAAAAAGUCCGAAGCUCCCCGGAGCGUGGAAGACUGUCUCGAGAUAUAUAAGUCAGAGCUUGGAGCCAGUGCCUUGACGAACGAGGAGGUGAUACAACUGGUGAAACGCAAGGACAUAGCUGCGUACCAGUUGGAAAAAGCGGUAGGAGACUUUGAGCGCGGUGUUGACAUCAGGCGUCUCGUCGUGGGUGACGCCGGAAAAGUCACCGAGGAAAUGACCGACUUACCAUACCGACACUACGAUUACAGCAAGGUGUUUGGCGCCUGCUGCGAAAAUGUCAUCGGGUACGUCCCGGUACCGGUUGGUAGCGUCGGGCCGUUGCUGAUCGACGACCAGAAGUACUACGUGCCGAUGGCAACGACGGAGGGCUGCUUGGUGGCCUCUACAAAUCGCGGCAGCCGCGCGCUCUUGAAGUGCGGCGUGAAAACUCGCGUAAUUAAAGAUGAGAUGACUCGAGCACCUGUAGUGCAAUUCCCGAACAUUGAGCGCAUGUACGAAGCGAUGUCGUGGAUAAAACAGCCGGAAAACUUUCAGAAACUAAAGGACAGCUUUGAGGAAACCAGCAGAUUUGCUCGACUGACGAAGAUCGACCAGAAAGUAGCCGGCCGGGACCUGCAUCUACGCUUUGUUGGCCCGACCGGUGACGCUAUGGGGAUGAAUAUGAUGUCCAAGGGGACGGAGAGGUCUCUGCAGACGUUACAGACCUAUUUUCCGGACAUGGAGAUACUCUCCCUCAGUGGGAAUUUCUGCACCGAUAAAAAGCCCGCAGCUGUCAACUGGAUUGAGGGUAGGGGUAAAACCGUGGUGAGCGAGGCAAUCGUACCUGCGGACGUCGUGUCGCGCGUGCUGAAGACCUCAGUGCGCAAACUCGUCAGGCUCAAUAUCAAGAAGAACUUGAUAGGUUCAGCCUUGGCAGGCAGCAUGGGCGGCUUCAAUGCGCACGCCGCAAAUAUCGUGACCGCAAUUUUCAUCGCAACUGGACAAGAUCCAGCACAGAACGUUAGCAGCAGUAACUGUAUAACGGUGAUGGAACCGUAUGGUGUGGACGGCAAGGAUCUGCACAUUACCUGCACGAUGCCCAGCCUAGAAGUCGGCACAGUGGGCGGUGGUACUGGUUUGCCGGCGCAAAGUGCGUGCUUGGCGAUGCUGGGGAUCAAGGGUGCGCAUCCCACGGAACCCGGUCUGAACGCCAAAAAACUCGCCCAAAUCGUUUGCGCCACCGUACUCGCCGGAGAGCUAUCUUUGAUGGCCGCGUUGACCUCCGGGGACUUAGUCAAGAGUCAUUUGACGCAUAACAGAUCGUCUGUCGAAGUUAGUAACCCGGUGCAUACUACUCACAGCAGUAGUAGUAGCGACAACAACAGGCUAACUGUGCCAAACGUUUAACCGUUUUAAAAUUUUUGUGUAGACUUUGCGCACAAAUUUUUAGUUCGUGGCAAAUAUGUAUUUUCAUAAUUUCUGUAUGAAGCGGCCUGUUAUUUACGUAUCGUUUCGCACCUGCCUCAUUAGUGUUCCAAAGAAACAGUUAGUCAAGUAUGUUUCUGCAAUAUGCGAUGAGAUGUAGGUCGGACUAUAAUUUGUAUAUUAUGUCUAUGUAUAUAUGUAUAUGGAAAAAGAAGUGACGGAAAUGAACAAUUGUCUCUUCCUAUAGUGCUUUAAUGUAAAUAAUGAACUUUUUGAUUGUUUCGAAAUGUCCAUUGUAUUAAUCAGAAUUUUUUAAUUCGUUUUUUAAUUCCACGAAUCGAACGCUGGAAUCGAAAAACGAGCACGUGCGAAUUACAGCGAAAUAAAAAAAUGAGACUUUUAUCUGUAUUAUUUAUAUGUUGCAAUGCAUAUGACUGUAAUAUAUAAUUAUUGCAUUGUAAUUCAUGUUAUAAUGCAUAAAUUGUAAUUAUAUAAUCGCCAGAUCUCUCUGAUAAGCUUCGAAAAAUUGCAAUACAAUAGCGAUAAUACGAUUUUAACUGACCAAUGUCUUAAUAAGGGUUAAACACCAACGGACAAUAAUUAGAUUAUGCAGAUAUUUUCAACGCAAUCGCGUCUUAUGUCAUCUGUUUAGAUUUUCGUCUCGGUUCCAACAAGCGUACAAUUAUACACUUAUUUAUUGUAAUAAUAAACAUCAGAUUAAAUAUAAACAGAUUAAGUUUUCGCAAAAGAAAAAAAAUGUUAUUUUAA